UUGUCCCCGAGCCAGCUGCAGAAGGAUUUGGAGGAGGUGAAGGAGCUGCUGGCGAAAGCCACGAGGAAGCGAGCGCGCGAUGUGCUGGCGGCAGAGAAACACAAGCUGGAGCUGGAGCUCAAGAAUCAGCCUCCGCCGAAGCCCAGGGACGCGGCGGAGGAGGAGAAGUCGUCGCUGGGAGGGUACACGGUGAAAAUAAACAACUACGGUUGGGAUCAGUCAGAUAAGUUUGUUAAGAUUUACAUCUCAUUAAAUGGAGUUCAGAAGCUUCCAGCUGAGAGUGUGCAGGUGAAUUUCACAGAGAGGUCAUUUGAUCUGCUAGUGAAGAAUCUGAAUGGGAAGAACUACACCAUGACCUUCAACAACCUCCUGAAGCCCAUCUCUGUGGAAGGCAGCUCCAGAAAGAUAAAGACAGACAUGGUCCUUGUGAUGUGUAAGAAGAAGAAGGAGGAAAAAUGGGAUUGUCUCACUCAAGUGGAAAAAGAAAGCAAAGAGAAAGAGAAGGCUGCCUACGACACUGCAGAUCCCAGCGAGGGGCUGAUGAACAUUUUAAAAAAGAUGUAUGCAGAAGGGGAUGAUGAGAUGAAACGAACCAUCAACAAGGCCUGGGUUGAAAGCAGGGAAAAGCAGUACAAAGGGGACAUACCCAUGGAUCUCUGAGAGUAACCCCAAGGGCUGCCUUAAUACUGAUCUUCCAUGUGAGACAUGCUGUGCUGCAAAGGUCAUCGUUUUACACAACCUUCUUCCAAGCAAAGACAGUCAUUUUCCAUUUCAGGUUGGAGAAAAUAUUUAAAUAAAAUAGCUUAUAAAGCA